GUCGCGGCGCGCGGCCUGCGUGCGAGGGCGCGCCAAGAGCUGUCCCCACUUCAAACAGGACAAGAGCCAGGAGGCGUACAGCACCUAUUCGGCAGACUACGGUUUCUUCGGUGUCCCCGGGGAGGCGCCUUUCGAGGCAGUGGCGGGCAAGGACCUGCCUGCGCUGCUCGGGUGCGAUCGCGAGGCGAAGUGCCCGUUUGCACACCCGGUUCCGCACAAGGGGCUGGAGAAGAAGGGCGGCGUCGUGAUCUUGCACCCGGCGAAGGUCACGGCAUCGGACUUGGACCGGCUCGCGUGCAAGAAGGUGAACGUCAAGAGCGACCAGGAGAGCUCGGUCGCCGCGGUGGCCCAGAAGCUCAAGGAGUUCUGGGCUGGCGAGAUCGUUAUCGAGAAGGCCGCGAAGGGCGAGAAGGCGUCCAACGGGGAGGAGCACGUGGAAAUCCACGCGCGGAUCAAACUGGACCCGAAGAGUCCGGUGAUCGCGUGGCUCAUCGAGCACGCGCCGAACUUGCAGUACAUCUACAGCCGCGCUGAGGACGGCAUGACACCGUUCCAGCGAGUGAAAGGCAAGGUGCGGCAGGUGCCAUUGCAGCCCUUCGACGAGAGCGUGGAGUUCAAGGAGCGCACGCGACUGCUCCUCGGCGCGACGGUGGAGAGCACGGAGAAGAUCGUGGACACGGACCACGGGGUCUUCGUUGUGCAGUCGGUGCGGCGGCUACCCGAGGAUCAGCGUUUCGACGGCGAGGCGCUGUCGAAUCUGAGAGGUUUACCUUGGAAGCCAAUGCCGGACGGCCACGACGACCAGGAGGCGUUGGAGCUCCCAGGUGCUGCUGAACUUCUGCCAGUCAGCCCAGAGGUGCCGAAGUUGCCUACCGAGGCGGCUGAGCAGGCCAAGAGCAAGCGAAGGUACUACAUAACCUCUGCGGGCCUGGAGAACUACGGGCGCGCGGAAGGAUGUCACGCUUGCUUCGUGGGCGUAAUGAAGAUGCCUCGGCAGGGUUUGCCGCGCGCGCCCGAGCGCCGCCGGAGGUGGAAAGUGAAGGAGGCCAUGCAGGAAGACACGAUCGCCACGAUGGCGCGCCUCAUCGACCACGGCGGGGAGGGCGACGAGAUCGAGAACGCGAUUGGCGCGCUGGUCGAGUCGCAGCGUGAGAGGGUGCUCACGGCAGUUCGCGACUCGGGCGACGAGUGCCCGGUUCCGGUCGAGCAGCCAUUCGAGCAGGGCGACGACGGCUUCGUCGGCCCCGCGGAUCUGGCGCACAGAGAUGACCUGUCGGGCAAGGAGAUGGAUUUCAUUGACAGCAUCGGCCUCUGGGAGGUGGUUCCGCGGCCAGCGGGCCACAAGGUGGGUGGCGCGAGGUGGGUCGACGUCAACAAGGACGACGAGGUCGACUUCCCGGUGCGCAGCAGACUGUUGGCGAAGGAGAUUCGGCAAAAGGGUUCGGUAGAGCAGUGCUUCGCUGCGAUGCCGCCGAUGGCGUCUCUCGAGAUGCCCCUGUCCAUUGCGGCGGCGGCUGCGCUCCCCCGCAAAAAAGUGGUGCACGCCAAGAAGGGGAAGUGCGCGCUGCAGUUCCUAGACGUCAUGAAGGCGCACUUAUGGGCCAUGGCCGAGAGGAGCUUGUUCUUGGAGCUGCCAGAGGACUACCAGCAGGUGCGCGGCAUCACCGGCGACAUGGUUGGCCGACUGCUUCGUUCCACGCACGGCAUUCGCGACGCCGCUGCCCUAUGGGAGAAGCUGGUGGCUUCCAAAAUGAAGUCGCUGGGAUUCCGCAAGGGGAAAUCGCCCCUGCGCAUCUUCUGGCAUCCUGCGCGCGACACGCGCGCCGCUCUCCAUGGGGGCAACUUCGUGAGUCUUGGGGCCGGGGCGGGCGUCGAUUGGCUCUACAUGGAGCUCAGCAAGGAGUGGGCCGUCGAGGCCAUCGAUAGACUCAAGGUUGGUAUUCGCAAGAAGGGGGCUGAGCAGAUGUUGGCCGAUCUCCUAACGAAGUUCCUUGCUUGGGAGAAGACCGAACGAUUCACGUCCGGACUCGGCUUCAAGCCCAG